ACACAAGAAGAAAAAACAAGCGAGAAGAAGAAUCUUUUGCGUAACAGCUGAUGCGUUGCUAUAUCAUUUGAAGAAGCUGUCUUUCUUUUAUUUACAAUGUUUUUAGUCUAAAUAAAUGUUAGUAUAAGGCGGUGAUUGAUUAGAAGCGAUAGAGCCUCUUGGUGUGAGAAUAUUGACGGUAAAUCUUUCAGAUGGAUGUGAGCAUAGCCGUGUCUCUGAUCCGGGGUCAGAUGGGCACGGUGGUGGAGCGAGCCGUGAACACGGCGGUGGAGACGGUGCUGGCCGAGAUGCUCAAGGUGGUUGGAGUAAAGUUCGAGGAGCUGAAGGCUCAGGUGGUGGUGAUGAAGAGGGACGUCAUGGCGCUGCAGAGGGAGAAGGCCCUGAAGGAGAAGGAGAACGACAACAUCCGAGCCAAGCUGCACUACACCGAGCUGAAGCUCAAGUACUACAGGCAGGGAGUGGAGGAGGAGCUGCAGCAGAGGGCAUCAGCCUCGGCGCUGAUCCGCGUCCAGCCGCCCGCCUUCACCCGCGUGCAGAGGGGCAAGGCAGAGCUGCCUGUGCCCCGUUCAGCUCACACGCCUGCAGAGGACGUACCGUUUAGCAGCAGCCAAGAAUGCACCUCGUCAGAUAGCACAAGCAGACGAGCAGUCAGAGUUUGCUGUCCUUCAGAUGCGACGAGCUCCGACUCAUCAGACCUGCUGCUUCCACUCACACUCACUGUGGGCGAGUCUGUGGACAGCAACGCAGUUUUAUUUCAUCACUCGGUGCAUGAUGGACCUCAGAGGGAGGAUGUGGACCAGGUGGAAUGGACCGUCACCAUGCAGCCUACAACAGGACGAUGUGCCGAGGCCCCUGAGUCCAUUAGGACCCUGACGUUGUUGUCAGGGCAACAGCCAGCGCCUGCUCCACUGUCCUCAGAGGUUGACAGCUCCAUGCUGUCCUCUUUUGCUCCAGAGGUGAAGCAGGAGGUCCAGCCGUCGCAAAAAGAAGAGCAGGAAGAAGAGGAGGAGGUGAUCUGCAUUAAGGAGGAGCCAGCAGAGGAACAGGAAGUGAUGUCCACCCUGCUGCUGGACUGCCAGGCACAGCACGGUCCAGCCCCACAGCCAGAGACUCAAAGGAGGGCGGCCGAGCCAACACGACCGUCAGCAGGUCAGAUCCACCUGGGAUCCGAUUUCAGCCCAGCUGGAUCCUGCAUCUAUACUCUGCCUCAGUUGGCUGGCUCCCUGCCCUCCGCUGCAGCCUUGCAGCCCGGCGUUCUGCCCCGCCAGGCGGUGCGGCCCUGGACCAAAGACCUGAGUCUGUACGAAGAAUACAAACUGCGGCGGAACGAGCUGCGGAGGAGAAACCUGAACAGGCGGCGGGAGCUGGAGAAAAGCUUGCCUCAGCCGCUGCUGGCAGACCUGGUGCGUGAGCGCCGAGAGAAGACCAGGCUGAGGGUAGCCAGGUGGAGAGCCAAGCGGAAACUCCAGGCCUGUCUGAACCAGACUCAGGCUCCAGGGGGCGCUGCUGUUGUCUCUCAGGCUGGUGUUGCUGUCAGUAGGGAGUAUCAGCAGCACAGAACUCCUACUGCUUCCAGCAACCAGCAGAGACAGAACCCAGCAUCUCCUCACACCAGCAGCUUCCUCAGCACCGUUUCUGGAAACUCCAUUCCCGCCCUCCUGCCGGCCGUUCCUUCCUCCUCCCUGAUCCUGCGGGGCCCCAACGUGUCCCCGCACGAGCACACGGUGACAUCAUCAUCAUCAUCAUCAUCUUCCUCCUCCUAUGAUCAAGUCAGCCAGUCACCGCGGGCCAUGUUACUGACAGAUGUUCAUAUGUCACAGUGAACUUCAUGUAAAACACAGCAGUCAGCAUGCUAGCAUGGAGUUUAUUUUAGAGCAAAAAGCACCUUAACCAAGUACAAAACAAAGAAUAAAGCACAAGUUCUAAAACGCUUCCCUA